CCUACUUUAGCCGCGGGGCCGCACAUCUAGUCGCCUGUAGAGGGUGGAGACGCGUGCUCGGAGGUCGCCUGCGACGUUCUGUGACGCCGAUCGGACACCAUGGCGGACUCCCGGGACCCGGCCAGCGACCAGAUGAAGAACUGGAAGGAGCAGCGGGCCUCGCAGAAACCUGAUGUCCUGACCACAGGGGGUGGUAAUCCAAUAGGAGACAAACUUAAUGUUAUGACGGCAGGACCCCGUGGACCCCUGCUCGUUCAGGAUGUCGUUUUCACUGAUGAGAUGGCUCAUUUUGACCGAGAGAGGAUUCCCGAGAGAGUCGUGCAUGCUAAAGGAGCAGGUGCCUUUGGUCACUUUGAGGUCACACAUGACAUUACCAAAUACUGCAAGGCCAAGGUAUUUGAGCAUAUUGGAAAGAAGACUCCCAUUGCAGUUCGAUUUUCCACAGUUGCUGGAGAAUCAGGCUCAGCUGACACUGUCCGUGACCCUCGUGGGUUUGCAGUGAAAUUUUACACAGAAGAUGGUAACUGGGAUCUUGUUGGAAAUAACACCCCCAUUUUCUUUAUCAGGGACCCAUUAUUGUUUCCGUCCUUUAUCCAUAGCCAGAAAAGAAACCCUCAGACACACCUGAAGGAUGCAGACAUGGUUUGGGACUUCUGGACCCUGCGUCCUGAGUCUCUGCAUCAGGUUUCUUUCCUGUUCAGUGAUCGAGGGAUUCCAGAUGGACACAGGCACAUGAAUGGAUAUGGAUCUCAUACUUUCAAGCUGGUUAAUGCAAAGGGAGAGCCAGUUUACUGCAAGUUCCAUUAUAAGACUGACCAGGGCAUCAAAAACCUUCCGGUUGAAGAAGCAGCAAGACUCGCGCAGGAAGAUCCUGACUACAGUCUCCGGGACCUUUUUAAUGCCAUUGCCACGGGCAACUACCCCUCCUGGACUUUUUACAUCCAGGUCAUGACGUUUAGUCAGGCAGAGACAUUUCAGUUUAAUCCAUUUGAUCUUACCAAGGUUUGGCCUCACAAGGACUUCCCUCUUAUCCCAGUUGGUAAACUGGUUUUAAACCGGAAUCCAGUGAAUUACUUUGCUGAGGUUGAACAGAUAGCCUUUGAUCCAAGCAACAUGCCGCCCGGCAUUGAGCCCAGUCCUGACAAAGUGCUUCAGGGCCGUCUUUUUGCUUAUCCUGACACUCACCGCCACCGCCUGGGAGCCAACUAUCUUCAGAUUCCCGUGAACUGUCCUUUCCGUGCUCGACUGGCCAACUACCAGCGCGAUGGCCCCAUGUGCAUGUUCGACAAUCAGGGCGGUGCACCCAACUACUACCCCAACAGCUUCAGUGCCCCGGAGGUGCAGCCGUCUGCACUGGAGUACGGCUGCCAGAGCAUUGCAGAUGUGAAGCGCUACAAUAGCUCUGAUGAGGACAACGUCACCCAGGUGAAGGCAUUCUAUUCUUCAGUACUGAAUGAAGAGGAGAGGAAACGCCUGUGCGAGAACAUCGCCAACCACCUGAAAAACGCACAGCUUUUCAUCCAGAAGAAAGCGGUCAAGAAUUUCACUGAUGUCCAUCCUGACAUGGGGGCCCGCAUUCAGGCUCAUUUGGACAAACACAACUCUGUGAAAUCUAAGAAUGCAAUUCACACCUUCAUGCAGCCCAGGAGUCACUUGGCUGCAAAGGAGAAAGCUAAUCUGUGAGAAGUGGGUGCUUGUUCCUGCACCUGGAGGCGCAGCCUGUGACGUGAAGUAUGGCAUUCACACAUAACCUACUCACCGCUGGAUGAAAGAUGCUGUGCUAGAUGGCCAAGUGCAAGCUAACGUCUUUAAAAUGAUAGCCCAGGUUUUGAUAGCCAAUCAGGUAGUGACGGCUUUUAAUGCUCUUUUCCUUGGGGAAAAAUGAAGGUUAGGGUUUAACAGUCACUUAAUAGAAACAUGUACUGGUGUUGGAUAGUUGGGUGGAUUAUUCAUUUAAAAUGGCUAUAAUAAACAUUUCUAGAGAAAUGUGAUUGUAUUGGAUGAGGAAAUCUUGGUUUAAUUAGUAUGUAUCAUCUCAUGGCCGACUAUAUACAAGUACAGUUGCAGUUGUGCAAGAAAAAAUUAAUCUGCUGAGAAAUUGUAAUUAAAAAUAUUUUAUAUGAAAGACAUUUAAUACAUUGGUGUCUUUUGAAAAUAACUUCAGUACUUGGUACCAUGGCUCAAUGAUUAUACCUGUUUGGAAUUGCUCAGAUGUUUUCUUUUUUUUCAAUUUGGGAUCACAUUAAUGCAAAUAUAGUACUGAUUUUUGCGACAAACUGAUUUGUAAUUGCUUACAGUUUUACAGUAAAUUGCAAUAAAUUAAUCUAUGUAACAAUA